AUGGUGGACGUUCUGAGCGAUCGCCUCACCAGCCUGAACGCCGUUGUCAUCAACCGCUACAACGGCUGCAAGUCCGAUCUCGACGAGGCCACCGAGUUUCGCUCGUCGCGAACCAGGGCGAUGGCCGUGAUUGCCGAGGAAGGCUGGAACAGCUCCACCCCGCGAAAGGGGACGGACAAAGCCAAGCAGCGAUCGACCAUUUUCAACCAAGGAGGAGGCAGCGGCGGGGGGGAGGGGGUGGACGCCAGCGAUGCUCUAGCGGCGCCGCGAAUGACGUUCCGAAAUGCCCCCCAGACCGAUGCCGGACGGAAACUUGCGCAUCAAUUCGAGCAGGAGUAUGGGCUGAAACAGGCCUCAAGCGCCACGCCAAAAUUCAACAAAACAACGACGGGAAAGCUGAAGCGGAUCGACCAUUACAAGAAGAACGAGUCCCGAAAGCACGAGCGCCUCCACUUCGAGCGCAAACUGCAGUCGAACCUCGACCAGUACGUCACUCGCGCGGUCACCGAGCUCGUUUACCGCAUUCCCGACGGUAUGGCGGACAUCGGUGACGAAGACGACGACGCGGAGAGGAGGGGGCGGAGGGGUGAAGGGGGAGGUCAAGACGGCACCCUUGCUCACGAAAACGGUACAGGAGAGCAACGCGGGGAAAGCGCGCACGCCACGUCUGAUCCCCGUGCUCUUGCAGACAUCAUGGCACAAGAGCGGUUUCCCAUCCCCAUGGAGCCGAACGAGAUGAACCCGAAGCUGCUGUUGUCCUACGCCUGCGAGCGCACGGUUCUCCCCGGCGGGGCGCGCAUGUUCAAGCACUUCGCAACCUCGUUGGAGUCUCAGCACCUCUUCGUCUACGUCUUCUGGUUCAUCCAUUGCAAGUUUUUUCAGGAAGACAGCCGGCGGGAACAGGCGCACCUCUUGCGGUCUGUCUCGAACUGCUACGUGGGUGUUCUUGGGACGGACGGGAUGGAGGACUACAAGGACUUUUUCUUCAAGCACUACCCUUUCCUCGUUGCAAACGCCGUCAUCUGGGGUUUCCACUACCUCUGCCCCGGGUCUCGACACCUCUACUCCAACGCGUUUAAGCGGGUGCUGUACCUCCAGUGCGCGAGGAUAUUGAGCGGAAUUGAGGUAACACCGUCUUGCACCACCGAGAUGAGAACCAAGCUGUUUCCUGAUGAGGCCGCAGAAGCCAUGGACGAGCUAGAUUACCACCCCCACCACGUUCACGCCCCGGGGACGCGAGCAACAACGGGGGCGAGCGUUGGCAUGGCUGCGGCCGUGGUUGCGGCAACAUCAGCUUCGGGAGGGGGGGGUUCGGGACCACCAUCAACGGCCGGGGGGGGGUCUCCGCCGUCGGAAACCGAAGGCGGAGCCGGGGCUGGCGGGGGGAAGAGAUCAACACCCAACGGGGGGGACAAGGAGGGCGGCCCUUCGCCGGCAUCUAAAGAAGGCGGGAGAGGCGGUGGCGGUAGUGGUCCUGGGAAAGGAAAGAAAGAAGGGGUCGCAGGAGAAGAAGGAGGAGACGGAGCAGGAGGAGGAGGCGAGGAGGGCACCAUAAUUCAGCGGAUGAACAAGACAUUCCGGCCGGACCCUUUGAUGGCGUACACUGGGGACCGGAGCACGUUGAGGUUCAAGCCGAAGAGGCAAGAGGGCUUGACAACGCUCAGGCCGCGGCAGCAACGCACCAUCUUCGACGCGGCCCAGAUAUCGCCGAUGCUGCAGGAAUACCUGAGGCAGAGCAGCUCCACCGCUGGCCGACGGUCUGAGAACAUCGUCCGGACUGUGCCAGUGCCGUGGUGCCAGAGCGGGGGGUCCGACACCUACCGGCGACAUCCUUCGAGAAAAGAGCUGCACGAUGCCAUGAAUUUCGAGCAUGCCAAGGCGAAGAGAGAGUUCGCACGGGGAAAGGCGCAGGCGGCGAAAGCGCUUCGACGGACGCUUCGAAAGGUGGACGUAGACCGACAGUCGAUCUUUAAGAAGGGGCCACGGCAGGUGGGGCUGAAGAGCAUGGACAUCGUUACCGACCUGCAACAGCAAGGAGCGUUCAAGGGAUUCAAGAGAUUGACCGGGCGCUAGCGGGGCUGGGCAACGGGGGAAAAUAGGGUGUUCGCAGCGGCUACCUGGGUGUGCCAAUUUUGACCGAGUACCGUUUCGAUCUUGGUUGUUUCCUUCCUUGGCCGCUUGUCAGGUGUCUCUUUGAAUGAACGAAGGAAAGAUUGUGUUGUGUGUGGCAUGUAACAUGUGCGUGUCACCUGAACAAUAGAGGUCUGUUGAUGGCCUCAGGCGGUCCUCUGAGCAAGUGACGGAAGCGGAGAUAGCCAUAUAUAUAGUACUACAGUAGUUCGCAGUGGGUGGACAGGGAGAAAACGGGUUUUCAUUGGUGUCUGUGACAUGCCUGGACCCUGGAGAUACGCAGAGUAUGCAGUCUUUGGUGCAGCUUGGUUUGUAUUGUCACUCCUUGACUGUGCCAUGAGAGGAAUGGAUUUUUUUUUUACCGUUUGGAUCACCAAGGGCCCCCAACAUAAACGGGCCGGUAGAAAGUACAAAGUAAAGCCCCCCCCCAAAAAAAGCUAGCUACGAUGUUGGACGAUAGAUGCACAUGCCCGCGAGCGGGUUCUCCUCGCAGUUAUUUUCCGACGUUGGCAAGAUCACGAACAGUUGCCGUGUGCAGAGAACAGAUUCUUGCAACAAGGAAUCACGCCAUCGUGCCUAGUUGUGUGUGUAUGUCGGUGUGGAGGUUGGUAUGUCUUGAAAAUAUUUGG